ACGCAGUCGAUCCCACCAUCUCCUGUUGUCCUACCAAAACCUAAAACUGGUCCUCUCUCCUUGUGUCGCAAAACAUGGGGCACAAUGCUGACAGUGAGAACCCAUCGUGGGCGGAGCUCCUGGGAUCAAAUCACUGGGCCGGCCUUCUCGACCCCCUCGACUACUCCCUCCGCUGCCUCCUCCUGAAAUUUGGCGACGUGUGUCAGGUCACCACCGACUCCUACAUCACGGCCCUUGACUCCAAGAAGUACAGCGGCAAUUGCAGCUACAGAUGGACAGGCUAUGUAGCGGUCUCCAACAGCGCUCACGCCGACGGAUCCGGAGUCCGCGAGAUCUACGUCGUAUGGCGCGGGACCGAAGGAACCAAAGAGUGGUGCGACGAUAUCCCCAAAACUCUCGUGCCGUUCGACGACUCCACCAGCGAUGUUCCGAUGGUCAUGAAAGGCUGGUUUGAGAUCUACACCGUGGUAGCCGACGUGCAGACGAAGGAGAGCGCCAGGGAGCAGCUACUAGCUAAGAUAAAAGAGCUGGUGGAGCAGUACAAAGACGAGAGCCUCAGCAUAGUUUGUCUCGGCCACAGCCUGGGAGGCGCCCUUGCUAUCUUAAGCGCUUACGAUAUAGUGAGGAGUGGGUUGUCUAAGAUCGGGGAGAAAGAGGAGUUCCCCGUUUGCACCAUGGUGUUUGGUUCACCGCGAAUGGGGAAUCAGGCCUUCAGCGAUAGCUGGGCGAAGCUGCCCAAUCUGAGAGCUCUGCGUGUCUUGAACAAAGAUGAUCUUGACAUUCCAAACUUUCCGCCAACUUCAGAUGGCUACGUUGACAUUGGCACGGUUCUGACCGUGGAUUCCAGAAAGUCGCCGUGCUUGAAGACAAAUCAUGACAGGCAUAACUUGCGGGUGAACCUGCACACGGUGGCCGGGUGGACCGGGGAGAACGGCGACUUCGACUGCACCAUCGUGAAGAGGAGCCUUGCGCUGGUGAACAAGCACGGUGGCUAUCUGAGUAUAAACCCGGCGCUGCCGUCGUGGUGGGCGGAGAAGAACAAAAGGAUGGUGCGUGGCGAGGACGGCUUGUGGUCUGAGUUACCGCCCGAGUCCUAGUUGAAGGGUCAAACGUCGCAUGACGAUGGAGCUGCAGGUCAUCUGAUCGAGGCAUGCACGCAUGUGGCGGAUGCCUCCUCCUCCUCCUCCUCGUCGUCGUCGUCCUCGUCGUCGUCUUGUCACUUUUCAGUUGGUGUGAUGUGUUCCGUGUGUGGGCGUCGUAAUAAGUAGUCCGAAGCCUCCUCUACGCCAUAAAUCGGACAACUUCUCGCUUGCUUUAUCCGAUCAUAAAUAUAAAUUUGUCAUAUCAUGGUUUAUACAAUCCAGUCAACGUUUCGCAUUA